AUAUUUGACUUCGAAGAUCAUGAUCUAUCAAAGUGGACUUUGACUGGUUUUGCAUUCAAUAAUCAGCCAACGUACGGGGAUAUCCCAUCAGCCCAGCGGGGAGGGCAUUUUAGCAACCACAAAGGAGAUUGGUGGAUUGGUACCUUCGAGAAUCGGCCCAGUCCCUCUCUUCCGUUUCGAUAUCAAUACGAUAGUCCUCAAGGUUCAAUGACGUCACCCGGUUUUUCGAUCACUGGAAAGUUCCUCAGGUUCCUGAUUGGAGGAGGCUGUGAUGCUAGUUUUCAAGAUCUUCGUGCGGAGCUGAUAAUUGAAAGGCAAGUUGUUCUCGUUCAGACAGCUAAGAGGUGUGCUGAAGACAUGACAGAGAAAAACUGGGAUGUAACGAGUUACGUUGGUAAACACGCUCAGUUGCGGUUGAUUGAUCAUUCCUCAGCAGCCUGGGGUCACCUUAAUUUUGAUCACUUUCAAGCUUGCCAUAAACUGAUUUAAAUUUUUUUAAAAAAGAUAUGUUUGUCCUCGUGGUUAUUAUUUCAAAUUAAACAGUAGAAUUUAAAAAUAUUAGACACAAAUAUUUCUCUUGGUUAGGUAUUUAACUUGAGCAGUUCUGUAAGAUGAAAUGACAAACCACAGUCAGUUAUUUUCAUCUCACACCACUUGUUUGUAUAGGUUGCUUUGUCUCCCCGAAGCUUCAAAAACGUCCCCAGAGUAUUUUAUUUCAAUUUAGAAUUGCUUAUUAAUGCAUUUUACUUUUUACAACGUGUUGAUUGGAAAAUGGCAAACAAAAGAAGCAAAAAUGUGCAGAAAUAUUUAUGCAAAUGCUUUAUACAACUGAAGUAAGCAGUUUAAGUCCUACUUGCCUUCGAAAUGCCGUUAUCCAAUUGCAAGUGAAAGACAUUUCUCAACUUGCCAGCUUCACAAGAGGAGAAAAUUGCUCGAGUAGAGUGGGUCUAAAUCUAACUGCAACUCGACGUGAUGGAGAUUGACAAUCUUUACAGAAUUGCAAACUAGUAGGAGUUAAAUUAUGUUGCUUGUGACUCAUUUCGCCGAUUCCUUCUUGAAUUAGUAUAACAUGGACCACAGUUUGGUGCUUUUUUGAUUGGGGCAGUGUAAAAUGUAGACUGCGGACUGACUGCGGACUAUUGUUUCUAGGGUUAGAAAACAAUGGGACAAUUAUUGUCACGUUUCAUUUGCAUGGUGAAAACAACAGUCCACAGUCUGUGUUUUUCACUGACCGUUUUUCGAUUAGUAUCUCUCAGAUGUACCUGCAACACUGGUUUCUAUGGCGACGGAUACAACUGCACAGGUAAGCCAGUAUCAUUGCUAACUCGGUUGAAAGCGAUUGCAAAAGACAGCAAUAGCUGAUCACUAUCAGAAAAAAACCCUCAAAUAUGAUGUUUACUGGUGUGCCAUACGAAGCGGAAUAUUCUUUCUCCCUCUAGCGUAUUUUCUUUUUAACUAGUGCCUUAAAGGGGCUGUUUGACGUCUGUCUAGUUCAUUUUGUUAAUAAUGCCAAUCAUAUGUCCUUAUUGACCCUUAUUCGCAAUUUGGAACUUGAGAAAUAACUUCUGAUAACGAAAAAACACCUCAAAGAAAUACACCAACAAGAGCCAACUAAUCUUCGAGAACGUUUUAACAUCCUUUUAAGUAUGUUUCCUUAAAAAAGUUUGAUAGUCUCUUUCAUUUGCAUUUGAUAAUGGCAACAUGUCGCCAAAACGUCAUGUUUUAAUAGCGUUGCUUUUCAUCUUUUGGAGAAAUAACUUGUAAAUUGAAAUCACAGCUUUGUGUCAAACAAAUAUGUCUCCCAAGCGUCAUAUCAAACGUUGCAAAUAACAACAACAAAAAAAAACUCUGAAAACUGUUAGGUUGACAAGUUUUCAAAAACAGCCAUUGCAAUCAGUUUUAAUCUUCUUCAAGUUUGUCCAUCAGUGCCUCCUUUUGUGGUGUUAUAAUAAUUAUACCUUUUUUUUGAAGUUUUGAGCAGUUAUUUUAUUUAUGUUUCACUCAAUUUGUUGGCAGUUCCUACUGUUUGAAUUUUGAUAGAUUUCGUGACACAUCUCCUUUAAAUACCAACGUGUUUUCUAUAGCCUAAGGCACUUUUAGAAAUCAGGAGAAAAGCGUUCGCACAGAAAUUUCCGCUGGCCAAUUUCAUACGAACAAAUUAUUUUCUUAUCUCACUAGCUGUCACAGUCAUUUCACACUGCCCGAAGCCCAUAACCCAGAGCGAACAACUUCCAUGCGCUCGUGUCACGGCGUUCUCACGACGGACGAACGGUUUUGGUGCGAAUUUUGAAUACCACAAACCAGUCAGGAAAACCUGCAGACCUAAAAAUGAUAUUUUUUGUCUUUCAAUAACAUUUAGCUUUCCUUUUUAAUAUCUUAUACUUCGAAUGCGCCCAUAGACAUGGUGGAGAUUCUAUUUUGGCGGGAAAAAGUGCCCUGAAAUGUGUCUAAAAAUAAACCGGUCCGUAAAAACGCAGUGAGAUAGACUUAGUAUGGGAGUUGCUCGCUCCUAGUUAUGGGCUCCCGGCACUGUCAUUUAUCUAUAUCUUCUGUUCCCACUAGAGUGUUACACUAUAUUUGACUUCGAAGAUCAUGAUCUAUCAAAGUGGACUUUGACUGGUUUUGCAUUCAAUAAUCAGCCAACGUACGGGGAUAUCCCAUCAGCCCAGCGGGGAGGGCAUUUUAGCAACCACAAAGGAGAUUGGUGGAUUGGUACCUUCGAGAAUCGGCCCAGUCCCUCUCUUCCGUUUCGAUAUCAAUACGAUAGUCCUCAAGGUUCAAUGACGUCACCCGGUUUUUCGAUCACUGGAAAGUUCCUCAGGUUCCUGAUUGGAGGAGGCUGUGAUGCUAGUUUUCAAGAUCUUCGUGCGGAGCUGAUAAUUGAAAGGCAAGUUGUUCUCGUUCAGACAGCUAAGAGGUGUGCUGAAGACAUGACAGAGAAAAACUGGGAUGUAACGAGUUACGUUGGUAAACACGCUCAGUUGCGGUUGAUUGAUCAUUCCUCAGCAGCCUGGGGUCACCUUAAUUUUGAUCACUUUCAAGCUUGCCAUAAACUGAUUUAA